AGAAACAAUAAAUGUACAAAAAAGUCAGAAGGAGUCGCCUUUCGGCAAGUAGCAAGUCCUUCUCCUUCCCCAACCACACCGGCGUUUGUUCUCCUUCCUCUGUCCAUGAUGGCUUCUUCCUUGGUUUCCGGCGGCUCCACAUCUCUCCUCCUCACCGUGAUCUGCCUCCUGGCCGCUUCCGCCGCAGCUCGCCCCGGCGUUCCCUUCCACCCCUGCAACACUCUCUUCAUCACCUACACGUUCUCCGCCACCGACGCCGCCCUCCCUGGCGACCAUCGCGUCUCCGGAUCCCUCUCCAUUUACCGCAUCAUCACCUCCGCCCGCACCUCCGACGCCGAUCCCCGUCCCACGAUGAUCCCGCGGGCGGGGUUCCUCCUUCCGCAUCACGAGGUCGCCCCUGCCGAACCGGCGUCCGUUGGGUUCAGUUCCCUCCAAGAGCGGGCCAAGGACAUCCUCGUGGUCGUCAUCGGGCUCAUCUUUGGAGUCGGCUGCGGCGCCCUCACCGCGUCCACCAUGUACCUGGUCUGGUCACUCGUUGCCCACCGGCACGAGAUCUCCGGCUCGGACGCCUACAUCGACGAGGACGAUGUGGACGAGAACCCUAAGAAGGCAGGUUACGUCGAGAUCCCGGCUACUGAUUCAGUCUCCUCCGCCGCCAAGGAAGGGUAUGAGGCAAAUUAGGGUUUGCACUUGACGAAGGUAGGUGGGGGAUCGGUAUAUUUUAUUUUAUGAUGCAUGUAUUUAUUGGUAUACCAGACAUGCUUGUGUUAUUGUGGUCUAAUAUCGUCAGUAAUUAACUUGAAAUAUUGAUGCUUUUAUGCUA